AUGCAAAGCCUUCAACUUGAAGGUAUCGGAGCCCAACCUAUCUCCAACGAACAACAACAAUCAUUAUUAGAGCAACAACAUAUCGGAUUUCCAUCUCCAGCUUAUGCUUUUGCAUAUAAUCCAGGUCCUUAUGCACAAGCUGAACAGUUACAACCGUAUAGUAUUGCGAGUGCUACAUCGGAACAAUUCCGUGAACAAACUAAUGAACUUACGCGUGUUACCUGUUAUCAACAGCAAGCUAAUGUCCAUUACAGCGUUCACGUACCAAAUGGACGAGAAUACCUGAUGGUUACCGGUCGACCACAACCGCAACAACAACGACAACAACAACAACAACAACAACAACAGCAACAACAGCGACAACAACAACAACAGCAGCAACAACAACAUCAUAACAUGAUUACAGAUACUGGAAAUGUUGAUACCGAAAUGGGUACAUCACCACCAAGAGCAUCAGCAAAUAUAACUGAGCAACGUGGUGUUAUUCGUAAAGCAGCAUGUUCAAGACCUAAACCAAUGGUAACGACAUGUCCAAUGAAUGGACAAUUGGUCCAUAGUAGUAAUCAAACUUCUCAUACUGUUAAUUAUCUUGAUGUCUUCUGUUCUGUGCCAGGUCGGCUAAGUUUGCUCAGCAGUGCGGCGAAGUACAAAGUGACAGUAGGUGAAAUUCAUCGACGACUUUCACCGCCGGAAUGUCUUAAUGCAUCAGUUUUGGGUGGAAUUCUUCGCAGAGCCAAAUCUAAAGAUGGUGGUAAAUCUUUACGUGAUCAAUUGAAACGUGUCGGCUUACAGUUACCAGCCGGAAGACGGAAAGCAACAAAUGUUAAUUCACUUACAGCGCUUGUUGAAUUUGAAGCGAUGCAUUUGGCAAAAGAUUUCAACGCUGUUUGUGAGAAUGAAUUCCCCGCCCGUACGAUUGCUGAACAUUUGACACGCGCAAAUUGUUCAAUGGAAUCAUUAGAUAUGCAACGACGGAAGAAUAUGCUAUUAGCAACAAAAGCAACAUUAGCCGAAUUGAAAGAAUUAUUAAGCAAUGAUCGAAGUCCAAUAUGUUCCUCAAGGCCACAACCAAUUUUAGAACCAAUUGUGCAAAGUCGACUAACACAUUUCUCAAUGGUUACCCAUGGAUUCGGUUCACCUGCUAUAUUAGCUGCAAUUAAUGCAAUUAUGAAUUGGUUGAAUGAAUCGGUCAAAUUGCUUGAUGCGAAAUGA